GGCAACACCGGUUCUGCCAUAGAAGUAUUGUCAAUUGCAGAAAAAAUCGAAAGAAUUUCCUAAAUGAAUGUUGAAGUGUUUGCGAGCCGGCGUUUAGAAUGCACGUGGAUAUACUACCAGAUAUUAUACUAGGAAAUAUUUUCUCAUAUUUGCCGCUGCAGGAUUUAAGAAGCAGUUCGUUGGUGUGCAAACGGUGGUACAGUAUACUGAAUGAUGAGGACAAUGAUGUCUGGAGACUGCACUGCAUACGAAAACUGGCAGAAGAAGUCCUGAGCUCAGACCUCCUGUCUUCCGCUCCUACCUACAAAACAAAAUUAAAAGCAUUUCACCAUGCUUGGAACCCAGAAGACUGCUCUAGAAACAUUUAUAUCAAACCCAAUGGUUUUACCAUACACAGAAACCCUGUUGCACAGAGUACAGAUGCUGUGAGAGGUAAAAUUGGAUUCAGUCAAGGUAGGCAUGCCUGGGAAGUGAUGUGGGAAGGCCCUCUUGGAACAGUUGCAGUUGUUGGAAUUGCAACUAAAGAAGCAACUCUCCAGACACAUGGAUACAUAGCUUUACUAGGAUCAGAUGACCAAAGUUGGGGUUGGAAUUUGGUUGAUAAUCAUUUACUUCAUAAUGGAGAUUCCCAAGGCAAUUACCCAAUGCUGAACAAUGCACCUAAAUACCAAGUUGGGGAGCGGAUACGAGUCAUUCUUGACUGUGAUGACAAUACAUUAGCUUUCGAAAGAAACUAUGAAUUCCUCGGAGUGGCGUUUAGGGGCUUACCAGAGAAGCUCUUAUACCCUUCGGUGUCGGCAGUCUAUGGGCACACAGAAGUCUCAAUGGUCUACCUGGGUCCUCCCUUGGAUGGCUAACUGUCGCCUGUCCCCCUCUCCUAAAAAGAAAAUUUCUUUGUGUGAAUCAAUUUCUACAGGCAAAUGCGUUUUGCCAACCAAGAAAGGAUGUUGUUGUAAAAGAAUCCCAAAAUUCAGUGUACAAAGGUUGCGUUGGGAAUACCGCUCUGACUUAAAACAUUCCCGUAUUUUCCCAUUCUUCAUUUAUUUAUUUUUUUUUUUUUCAUGGUCCCUGGUGUGUGUCAGAUUAUUGUAGUGUGUUAUAAUUCAAGUUUCGUGUGGUUGUGUUUUCACGUUCAACCGAAAACCAACAAAUGGUUAAUCGUCCGGUCUGACUGCUACUUGCGAAAUAGAUUUGUAUAACUUAAAAUUUCCCUCUGUAUGUUUGUAUGACUUGGGACUGGUGAUGAUGCUAAAGAAUAACUGAACCUCUUACUGCCCAAAGUUUGGCGUUUUGAAUAAAAAAAUCCAAUUCGUGUUUAAUUACUCGAAUAAAUGAAAAAUGACUUGUCUA